AUAAAUUUUAUCACAGUAGGCGGUAUAGAUAACAAAAAUGUGCUCAAAAGUUUUAAUUUACAGUACUACUACCUUUUUAGCCUAUUUGUUGUUUGAUUCUUCCAUAUAGAUUAUUUGUUAAUUAUCAUUCAUUUACUUGUAGUAUAGUAUGAAUCAUGAGUGAAAUUGAUGAUAUUGAAGAUUUAAUAUCAUCUGUAGCUGAUAUUGCUGAAAUUGGUAAAGAAAAAACUCGUAAUGGUGUUGUAUCACGCAUAAAAAAUAAAAUUAAACCACGACCUGUAGAAGAGCUUAUUUUACCAUCUCCUCAAGUCCCUGGUACUCAAACAAUAUUUAUCAAAACUUGGGGUUGUUCUCAUAAUAAUUCUGAUGGCGAGUAUAUGGCAGGAUUGUUAUCAAGUUAUGGGUAUAAAAUUACAGAUGAUAGAUCAAUAGCAGAUUUAUGGAUACUUAAUAGUUGUACUGUAAAAAAUCCAGCGGAAGAUCAUUUUAGGAAUGAGAUUAAUGCUGGUAAAAAGUCUGGGAAGUUUGUUGUAGUUGCUGGAUGUGUACCACAAGGUGAUCCUAAAUCAUCAUUUAUUCAUAAUUUAAGUGUAAUUGGUGUGCAGCAAAUCGAUAGAGUAGUAGAAGUGGUUGAAGAGACAUUGAAAGGUCAUACUAUAAGAUUUUUGGGACAAAAGAAAAUAAAUGGCAAAAAAGAUGGUGGUUCAAGAUUACAAUUACCUAAAAUUCGUAAAAAUAACUUAAUUGAAAUAAUAGCUAUUAGUACUGGUUGCUUAAAUCAAUGUACUUAUUGUAAAACAAAACAUGCUAGAGGAAAUCUUGGGAGUUAUCCUCCUGAUGAAAUUGUACAAAGGGCUAUAGACUCAUUUAAAGAUGGUGCUGUAGAAUUAUGGUUAACCAGUGAAGAUACUGGUGCAUAUGGCCUUGAUAUUGGCACUAAUUUACCUGAACUUUUAUGGCGCUUGGUUGCUAUUAUACCUGAAGGUUGCAUGAUGAGAAUUGGCAUGACUAAUCCUCCUUAUAUAUUGAAUCAUUUGGAGGAAAUUGCAAAAAUAUUGUUACAUCCUAGAGUAUAUGCCUUUCUACAUGUUCCUGUUCAGGCAGGUAGUAAUCAAGUUUUAGCAGAUAUGAAACGAGAAUAUUCUAUUGAAGAAUUUGAAAAAGUUGUUAAUUUUUUACGUCAAAAAGUACCAGGUGUAUCAAUUGCAACAGAUAUAAUUUGUGGAUUUCCCACUGAAACUGAGGUUGACUUUGCUGAAACUAUGAGAAUUUGUGAAAAAUAUAGGUUUCCUAGUUUAUUUAUCAAUCAAUUUUACCCAAGAAAAGGUACUCCAGCAGCUCGAAUGCCUAAAAUUCCAACUGAUCAGGUUAAAAUAAGAACUAAAAGACUUGAUGAUUUAUUUCACUCAUAUACAACUUAUGAUGAUAGGGUUGGAGAAAUACAAGAUAUUUUAAUAACUGAAGAAGCAAAAAAUGGUAUAGAACUAAUUGGACACAACAAAUUUUAUGAACAGGUAUUGGUAACUAAACAACCCAACAUGAUGGGAAAAUUUGUUAAAGUUAAAGUGAAAUCAGCAAAAAAACAUUGCUUGAUCGCAGACCACAUAUGUAACCAGUACAAAUUGAAAAACAUUCUUGGUUGUAUUGAUAAAAAUAAUUUGAAAUGGUUUAUUUUUGCAUUGUUUUGUUGUAUUUUAGCUAGAUUAUUCUGGUUGAUAUUAUAAUAUUAAUCCAAAAAAAAGUAUUAUUUUUA